UUCAAACAAAGUGAAGGUGACUGGACCUGCUCAGAUCCAAGCUGUGGAAAUGUGAACUUUGCUAGAAGAAGUGAAUGUAAUAAAUGUGGAGCAAUAAAGAAAGAUGGAACCUUGGUUAAAAAAGGUGGGCAUGAAAUAGGGAAGCAGAUGGCGGAGAAGAGUAAAGGUCUGUUCAGUGCUGAUGAUUGGCAGUGUAAAAGUUGUGGCAAUGUUAACUGGGCAAGAAGAAUGACCUGCAAUGUUUGUAAUGCACCAAAAUAUGGUAAAGUUGAACAAAGGACAGGUUAUGGUGGUGGGUUUAUGGAAAGAGAUGAAGUUGUAGAAUAUAAAGACAGAAUUGACAACGAUGAUGAUGAUGACUAUGAUGAGUUUGGCCGAUUAAAGAAAGGUAGAAGGGGUAAA